UGGCAGUGCAGAGCGAGGAGCAGAGCUCUUGGUUUGAGAUGAACCUGGAAAGUUUAAGUCUUUUUCGAUGCGGUCUGUUCCAAUCAGAAACCUCCGCAGGAUAUGAAAAUUAACAUCGAAAGUGCAUCUCCGAGCUUCUAAAUAAUCAAAUCGGCUAUCGUUAGAAAUAGUCCAAAUUGGGAAUUAAACUAGGUGGAAUUACCGUAACGCUUUUAAGAAUUACAUCGCCGUAUAUAUUUAUAUACAUCUGCAUAUAUUUUUAAAUAGGGUUUAAAAAAAAAACACAAAUGCCGGCAAUGAUAGAGAAGGGGUCUUCGGAGGUGUCUGGGAAGAGGAGGGGGAGAAAUUCUGCAGCUAACAAUGCCAGCAAUAGUAAAAGUUUUGCACCAAACGGGAACAGUAGUAACUCCUGGGAAGAAGGAAGCUCGGGUUCCUCCAGUGAUGAUGAGCACGGUGCAGGAGGCAUGCGGGUGGGACCCCAGUACCAAGCCACGGUGCCCGAGUACGACCCUGAGCUGGCCAAGGUCUGCCAGGAGAGGGAGAACCUGGGAAUGCUGGUGUGGUCUCCUAACCAGAACCUCGCAGAAGCCAAGUUGGAUGAGUACAUUACGAUUGCCAAAGAGAAGCAUGGCUACAACAUGGAGCAGGCCUUGGGGAUGCUGUUCUGGCACAAGCACAACAUUGAGAAGUCCCUGGCCGACCUGCCCAACUUCACCCCCUUCCCCGACGAGUGGACCGUGGAGGACCGGGUGCUGUUCGAGCAGGGCUUCAGCUUCCACGGCAAGACCUUCCAGCGCAUCCAGCAGAUGCUGCCGGACAAGUCCAUCGCCAGCCUGGUGAAGUUCUACUACUCCUGGAAGAAGACGCGCAGCCGGACCAGCGUGAUGGACCGCCACGCCCGCAAGCAGAAGCGGGAGAGGGAGGAGAGCGAAGAAGAAAUGGAGGAGAACAGUGCCAAUCACCCCAGUGACGCAGAGUGCGACGCGAAUAAGGAGGAAAAGAAAGAGAGCGCAGCAGGACCAGAGAAGCAGGAGCCGAACCCCGUGGUGAUCUCCAAGCAGGGCAGCCCUGUGGAGAAGCCGGUGCAGGUGAAGAAGGAGCCGCAGGUCACCCCGGGCAAACACCUGCACAGGGCCAAGAAGAAGCCCCCCAAGGGCAUGCACCUGUGCCACGCGGACGUGCAGGCCAUGUCCGGCAGCACCACGGCGGCCGUCGGCGUGCUGCGCCAGCUGGACAUGGAGCUCGUGUCCAUCAAGCGGCAGGUCAGCCCCCAGCUCGCGCACGGGGGGGCGGCAGCAGGGCUGGGAGCCCCUAGGAUCCAGAGCAUUAAACAGACCAACAGUGUUCUGAAGGAGAAGCUGGAGUCGGGAGUGGACGAAUACAGGCUGCCGGAGGUGGCUCAGAAAUUCAAUGCUCGCUGGACGACAGAGGAGCAGCUCCUGGCUGUGCAAGCGAUCAGAAAGUACGGGCGUGACUUCCAGGCCAUCUCCGAUGUCAUCGGCAACAAGUCGGUGGUGCAGGUGAAGAACUUCUUCGUGAAUUACCGGCGGCGCUUCAACCUGGACGAGGUCCUGCAGGAGUGGGAGGCGGAGCACGGGGACAAGGAGGCCAACGGCAGUGAGGGAGAGAAGAUGGACACCUCGCCCGAGGCCUGCGCCACCAAGCUGGCCCCCGAGGAGCAGGAGGAGGUCUGUCCGGUUCUGGAUGUGCGAUACCCCUCGGCGUCGUGAGGCCAGGAGCAGCGGGGGGCCCGCGGGGGAAGCUGUCCUGGGCUCCCUCUCUCCGUUCAGUUCCUGUUCCGAAGGCCAGGCCGUCAGGGCGCAGGGGGCGGACCCGCCCGCUGACCCCACCCUCCGCCUGGGGCUCCCCCUCUGGACAAGCCGCUGUCGCCAAAAAAAAACCCCCCAAACCACAACGGCGAGUCGAGAAGACGGGGAUCGCGCAGGCGUGCGUCCUCGCCGUCGUUUCCGUGCCGGCAGGCUUUCCUUUCAUCUUUCCGGCUGCCCUCCCAUCCCCCCCUCGGCGCCCACGGACUUCCUGCCGUGCAGGUGUGGUGUCCCCAUCGGUCUCCCGCUGCCGCUCCGUCUUCAACCUCCUCUCGCGCGCCACUCUCCCCAAACCCGCGCCGAGCAGGGCACCCGCCCCAGACGCCGCCCCAGGACAGGGCUCCGGAGAAGAGGAACUCGGGGUUUCCGCCGUCGUCCGCCCGGAGCAGGGGGGCGGGAGACCCCGGGCUGCCUCUCGUGUUCCCCCCUGGCCCCCCCCCGUGCGCGCACAUUCCCAGGUCAGGGCAGGGAGCGCGAGUGGCGGAGCCCGGCGAGCCCUGACGGAGUUCCUGUGCUCUUUUUCCCGGCCCCCCCCCCCUGCGCCGCGGCCGGGGGCAGGGGUGCAGGAACGAGGGGGUGGGGGGUCCCAGGAAGUCCUGGGGGACACGGGGAGAGCGCUACAGCUCCAGCCCCCUCGCCCUGGGAGGGCGGCCGGAGGGGAAGUUGAAAAUGAUGUGAAACGACCACCAGGGCAGGGGAAGGAGUGGCAGAGUGUCCCGGAGGAACAUCCCUGACGUUGUCAUCCGUGCUGCGCCUCUCCCUGUUACUUUCACUGGAUGCCCGCUCUGAUCCCGUUGCUCGGACACUUUAUCCUUUUCUAGAUUUUUUUUUUAAAAAAAACUGAUUCUUACCGGUUCCACUCACCUUACAGACUGCUGAUUUUUUUUUUCCAAAAGCGUGGCUGUCACUGUACUAGUAACAAUAUUAUUCUAUAUAUUUUUGUUUAACUUUGAUAUUUUAUUAAAUAAUGUGAAUGCCAUAUUUGUAUAAUAUUGGAAAUGGGAUUUUUUAAAGCAUUCUGUAUAAUUUAUUGCAUACAUAUACAAUAGUGUAAUCAAAGCCUAGCUCAGAGUAUACCUUAUAGCCUAAAGGAAUUAGGGGACAAAUUAUUGCCUUUUUAUUUUUUUUAUUCCAUUAAUAUUUUAUUUAAACCUUUUCUGUAUAGUUCUUUAAUUUAGCUCUUCCAUAUGCAUUUUUUCUAAAAUGUUACUUGAAAGUUGGCAUUAAAAGUCAGAGGGACCUGGACUGACUAGGAGAUCAGGGCUUGCUGGAGGGUUCAAGGCAGCACGCAACACUUAACGCCCUGUUGCACAGGCUUGUGUGACACGCUGACUCCUGGAUUUUCAUUAGGUCCAUUGUCUGUCCAUCUUCACGAAGGUUCAGUCAACCUUUUUUUGUAUGACUUUCUUUAGGAGGCCAUGUGGUCUUCGCGAUUUACUCUUCAGUUCAGGUGUCUUUUUUGUUGAAAGUAGAUUGAGUAGUUUCGAGCUGUUGCCCCCUGGUGGACACGGGUUGCAUCACAUCCCAUGGGCCUUCGGUCUGUGAAAUCGUCAGACGGUUACAGCACCACUAGGUGGGUCUGUUAGGGGCAAGCGUUUUGCUAUGUAUUUUUUUUUCUCCUAUUCCCCGAUACAAGAGUAGGAUACAAUGGUGUAGCCUAUAAGGUUCCAAGAGCGAGCUAGGAACUUAGAAUUAAACCCUCUUCGUGGCAUUAAAUGCUUCUCUCAGUGGUAAAACCACAGGCCUGACGGAUUGUCUGGAAAUUCCUGACAAGUUCCGCUCUGCGCGAAACAAGCUUUAGUACAGUUAGUGCUAUUUUUUUUGAUCUCCUCACCGUGACGACCUUGCGCUCGGAGCGUCUUCAGAAGCCGAAAGGGAUGGACAGGGACUUGAGUGGAAACCUGGCGCCCGUGUGCCAGUCCUGCAGCAGCUCAGGGGGUCGUGAAGGGUUGGCGUGGCUCUUGGAGGACUUGCGGGGAAGAGAACUCGUUUUCCUGUUGUUCGGUUUUCUUCUUGCAUGGACCAGCUGGAGUCCUCCAGCGCCGAGCAGUCGUGCCCUUCUCAUAUCGUGGGCUUUCAAGAUCCCCGUUAACUUCCAUUCACACUGAACUAUUACAUAGAAUUAUGUAUGGGCAGGAUUUUUAAGUGACCCAGGCAGUUCUAACAGCUUGAUUGCUGUUUCCAGAGGCCUCAGGCCUGAUUGCAGGCAGGCCCAUGCUGGCGGCGCUGAGCGUUGAAGGGCUGUGGAGUAGCAGGGGCGGGUGUGGAGACUGCAGUAGUGGCUGUGGCUGGCAUUGCCCUUGCAGAGAGAGCUGCCGUUGGUGCAAUGGCCUUCCAGAGCUGCACCGACUAGGUCUGCCCUCCAAACGUGCGCAUUUCGAUCCAGAGUGCGCUCUGUCCUCCUGUGCCGAGUGGCCUAGUCGGCGGACGGUGUGGCCCUGGUCCCACUUCCAUUCUGCUGUGGUGUGUUUGCAGCGAGUGCUCAUCUUGUGCUGGGAGGGACGGAUGCUUGUUGCUCAGCCGAGAGGGGGCUGAAGCCUGUCUGAUCUCCUCCGGACUCUUGGAAGAAGAUGGCUCGGCAAAACUAAGCUAGGAGACGAAAAGCUGAAACUAGUCCGCGACGGACAGUGACAACCAUCACCAUUAAACCCCCUUUUGAAACAGACCCUUACUGAUAAACUGCAACCUUCUCCAUUUAUUUAGACGCACCUGGUCUUUGCAGCUUCUGACAGGAUUGGGGUGGAACUUUGCACUCUGUAGCCAGUUGCUUAAAUGCAAACACCUGCUGUUUUUUUUCUUAUCCUAUGUUUAGUGGAUUGUGUGAGUUGAUCAAAUACCUCCCGUUGCCUUAACAUUUCUCCAGUAGUGCACAUGUUGUACAUCGUGGACAAUUUUAUUUCCAUUAUAAAAUGCAGUAGCAGAACUGCAGCAUUAAGGCUGGAUGUACUUCUGCUUCUAAGCUUGCAAAUGAAUUCAGGAGUAGCUCCAACAGUGCAUCACAUUUAUUUGUACGCGUGUACUCUGCAGGGUUUUUUUUCCCCAUAUAAUUUGUUGUGUUAAGUGAAGCUUGCCCCUAUAGUAAAUUGGAAAGGUUUGCGUCUUGAAGGGAAUUGUUGGUGUUCUUCAGCUUGGUUUCAUUGAAGGUUUAUCUAACAAUCCUGUAUUCAUAUACCGGCUCGGUGCUGGCAGUCUGUCCUUUUGAAGCCAUGAAAUUUGACUUAAAUGCAGCAUAUUUGAAGCACAGUUCAUUUUACAUAAGGAAAGCCCGGUCUAUGCAUGCUGUUGUGUGAGAAUGAGUGUUUACAUUUCUAUGCUUCUGGAAUUUAUAGAGUUAAGUGUCUGGUUAGAUAGUUUUAAACAUAUUUGAACUUCCUCUUAAGGUUUAAUAUGUAAUUGUCAUUUGUUUCAAUUUUUUUUGGAAAAGCUAUAUUAAAACUGUUUUGAAAUAAAUGAGAAAUGACCUAUAA